AUGGUUCAGGAGAGCACUAUCUACGUUCGUGAAGUGACAUCCGCUGACGUCAAAUACAACGAGACAGCAGCUGCUGUGGUGAAUGACGCCUACCGAUCCAAAGGUGGCUGGACAACGGAGGAGCAUAUCGUUGGCGGGCAACGGGCCACAUUGGAGGACAUGAAUGAUGCGGUGCUUAGCAACGGCAAGCCCAAUGUGCUAUUGUAUGCAUUUGAUUCGAGUGAUACAGAAAAAGUGAUUGGCACUGUGCAGAUCCAACAUCAUGAUACCAAGGAAGCUGAAAUUGGCCUCUUUUCCGUUUCACCGGAUUACCAAUCCAAGGGUGUGGGUGGUCGUUUAAUGCGUAGUGCAUUUGAACGCAUGAAGGAACUAGGCUAUACCACUGCGACUCUUCACGUGCUCGAAAAUCGUCCUGAACUAUUGGCUUGGUAUGCUAAACUUGGCUUCAAGGAAACGGGUGAACGUGUGCCUUUUGUCUGGCCAGAGAUGCUCAAGAUCAAGGAUCUUCACUUUUUGACGUUGAAGAAGGAUUUGUAA